GGCAGGCCAGGAUCGCCAGGGUUCCCUGAACUGGACAUCGAGAACCUUGGCCCCCAUCACAAUGGGCGGAGAUUCCGGGGACAACCUGAACUGCGUGCAGUUCUGCCGAGCAGGCCCAGCACAGGGAGGGCGGGAGGUGCAGAGGGUCCUGAGAGGCCCCCGAGGGCCACCAUGAAGACGCGCAGCGAGGCAGAGACGGACGAGCAGAUCCAGGAGCUGAAGACAAUCACUCGGCUCCAGGAGCAAUGCCGGGCACUGCAAAUCCAAGCGGUAAAGGAGAAGACGGCCAAGAACAAAAGCACGCUGGCCCUCCUGCGCAGCAGCAUCCGUCGCGGGACCCAAGACUGGGCUUUGGCCAAAAAGUAUGACCAGCAGACCAUUUCCAAGGCUUGCAGGAAGGACGUGUCCAUGAGGCUGGCGCACGGCCGCUCCUCCAUGGAGGUGGCGCGGGAGAAGCUGCGAAAGUACGUGUUCGACCGCGUGAACGUACACAACGUGCUGAUCCACCUGGUGCGGCGGCGGGGUCAGAAGCUGGAGAGCAUGCAGCUGGAGCUGGCCAGCCUGAGGAGCCAGCCGGCAGCCACCAAGGAGGAGCUGCACCUGCUGCAGGUGAUCCGCCAGCUGGAGAACAACAUUGAAAAGACCAUGGUCAAGAUCACCACAAGUCAGAACAUCCACCUGCUGUACGUGGGCCUGCUGGACUACCUGAAGAAAGAGCUGACCGGGUACCCCAUGGAACUGGACAAGCUACAGAAUCUGGUGGACGACUACUGCUCAGAACUGUCAGACAUGACAGUCAUGUCCCAGGAUGCCAUGAUGAUUACAGAUGAGGUCAAGAUGAACAUGCGGCAAGGGGAGGUGACUUUCAUCCAGGAACGCAGGGCUCGGGAGAACCGGCUCAAUCAGCAGAAAAAGUUGAUUGACAAGAUCCACACGAAGGAGACCAACGAGAAGUACCGCCGGGGCCGGCGGGACCUGGACUUCCCCUCCAAUCUGAUGGGUACAGAGACCGUGAAAGUGAGAAAAAGAGAGACCUCCAAGGCGGACAUCAAGUACCAGACAGAUGUGACCGCUUUGGUGGAGAAAGUGAAGACGGCGGUGCGGUGCUCCCACCUCUGGGACAUCGCUGGCCGGUUCCUGGCUCAGAGGAACACCGAGGAGAACCUGGAGCUGCAGACGGAGGACUGUGAGGGGCGGCGGGCGAAGCUGGAGGCUCUGAUGAAGAAGCUGGAAGUGGAGCAGGCGAUCCUGAAGUUCCGCGAGACGCCCGCCUCUGCCAGCUUCAAGUCCGUGGAGAAGAAAAUGAAGGACAUGCUGAGAGAAGAGGAAGACAGACUCCAGCUGGCCUACUCCAGCAUGACCAAGAGCCAGAAACUGCUGCUGACCAUCCAGACAGGCAUCGACAACCUCUUCAUCCGGCUGAUUGGCAUUGCCCUGCCCACAGCCCAGAAAGAAGUGGCGCUCUCCGACAGCCUCGACAUGUUCGGCAAGCUGGCUUACUGCGAAGCAAAGCUGCUGUACCUGGCCGACAGAGUGCAGACGCUGUCCAUCACCGAGGAGGUUGACACAAAGGUGAGGGAUACCCUAGAGACCUCGACUCUGAAGGAGAAGCACAACACCAGGGUCAGCUUUGAGGACCUGGAGGACGAUAUGAUAGAAACCUUCCAGUUCGCGGACGUGGACCACAGCUACGUGCCCUCGCGCGCCGAGAUCAAGCGGCAGGCCCAGCGGCUGCUGGAGGGCCGGCUCAAGGCGGCCAAGAAGAAGAAGAAGUAGCCCCCGCCCCGGCCCCGCCGGC